UUCACCGGAAUAGCUUCACAAGGAGCUUCACAGGGAAAUCUACAAGGAACUUCACAAGGAACUUCACAAGGAGCUUCACAGGGAAAUCUACAAGGAACUUCACAAGGAGCUUCACAGGGAAAUUUACAAGGGGCUUCACAAGGAGCUUCACAGGGAAAUUUACAAGGGGCUUCACAGGGAAAUCUACAAGGAACUUCACAAGGAAUUUCACAGGGAAAUCUACAAGGAACUUCACAAGGUGCUUCACAAGGUGCUUCACAAGGUGGUGGUUCCCAAAUGACAUCCCUUCUAGAAGGGUCCAUCGGUUCGCGAGAACGUUUUUUGGUGAUAGAAUAUGAAUUUGGAAAACGUUUCUUGGAGUUUGUUGGAAAUGAAUUUAGAGAACGUUUCUUGUCGUGUGAGUAG